GCAGAGCAGAGCAGGGCUGGAGGGCUGGAGGGGAAGCUGCUAGGAUGUUUCGUCUGAGCUGCCGAUUAGGCUGAUCAGAGCCAGAGCGCACGAUGCAGUGACAGUCUACAGGAAGACACGGGCACACACACACACACACACACACACACACACGCUCACACACGCACGCUCACACACAGAGGGGGAGGGAGGGAGAGUAACACACGGAUGCGCACCAGAAAUGAUCCGCUCCUAGACUAUGGCACCGUCGGGCUCGCGUAGUAUCAAGAAGGGCUGUCAGAGAGUUUUGUACUGGAUCCCGGUCCUCUUCAUCGCCCUCAUAGUGGCGUGGUCAUACUACGCCUAUGUGUUGCAGCUUUGCAUAGCGUCCAUCGAGCAAACAGGAGAGAAGGUGAUAUACUUGCUGGUGUAUCAUGUCAUCUUCAUCCUGUUUGUGUGGGCGUACUGGCAGACCAUCUUCACCAGGCCCAUGAACCCCCUGAAGGAGUUCCACCUGUCCUACUCUGACAAAGAGCUGCUGGAGCGUGAAGACCGGGGGGAGUCUCAGCAGGAGAUCUUCAGGAGGAUAGCCAGGGAACUGCCCAUCUACACCCGCACCAACUCUGGAGCAAUCCGUUUCUGCGACCGCUGCCAGCUGCUGAAGCCUGAUCGAUGUCACCAUUGUUCAGUCUGUGAUAAAUGCAUCCUGAAGAUGGAUCACCACUGCCCGUGGGUGAACAACUGCGUGGGAUUCUCCAACUACAAGUUUUUCAUGCUGUUCUUGGUGUAUUCGCUGCUCUACUGCCUUUUUAUAACUGCUACAGAUCUUCAGUACUUCAUUAAGUUUUGGCUGAACGGCCUCCCAGACACUCAGGCCAAAUUCCACAUCCUGUUCCUCUUCUUCUCGGCCUCCAUGUUCUCCGUCAGCCUGGCUUCUCUCUUCAUCUAUCACUGCUGGCUCGUCUGCAAAAACAGAUCCACCCUCGAGGCUGUGCGUGCUCCAGUGUUCCGCCACGGCACCGAUAAGAACGGUUUCAGUCUGGGCUGCAGUAAGAACUUCCGUCAGGUCUUUGGGGAUGAAGUUAAAUACUGGCCUAUUCCUGUUUUCUCCGGUUUAGGUGACGGGUGCUCAUUCCCAGCCUGUCUGGUGAAUCUGGACCCAGAGCAGCCCUCAUCGCCCACUGGCUCCAACCCCGCCAACAAGAGUGCAGCAGAGGGCCGCCAGUUCCCCUCCAAGCCACUGACGGAGUCUCAGAGUCGACUGCUCACCAGCACCCCCUCCUGGUCAGAGGGUGACAGUGCAACAGACAAAGACAGGAAGGGUGCCAGUAACCCAGUGUUGACCAUAGAAAAUGAGGCGUAACCAGAGUCAGAGACAUAGAGGUGACACCCUCCAUCCAGAAAAACAGGUCCUCGGUGUUUGAACGUGAUGUGGUGGUGACAUCAUCAUCAGUAUUUGUUGUUUUCCACACUGCACUCUGCUCCUGAGAGGUUUACCUGCCUUAUAUCACCUACAAAGCAGAGGAAGAAAAUAAUUAUCAUUAUCAGUAUUACUCUUAUUGCUAUCAGUGACCAUUUCUGCCGCCAUCUGAGAGUAUUUGGGCUUCAGAAGAAAUGAGAAUGCAUUCCGAAGAUCACAAUUGCUUUUGUUUGUACAUGACUGAGCACAGAGCAGCAAUGAAAGAGACUGUUUUUGAACUUUGCAUACCAGGAGAUCAAUCUGAGCUGCUUUGGUGUGUUACAGUCAAUGAAACAGAAACUCUCUGAAUUAUUUACAUGAUUACUUGUUUUACGUUGUUUUCGCAGCUUAGUACAAUGAUAAACGGUGUUAUAAGUUUGCCAAUUGUUUGCACAUUCAGUAUAGAUUAGUAGUGGUGAUUAUGUGAUGUAACUAAUAUUCCUUUAGCCAUUUUCUUUUUCAGUGAAGGAUUCUUUUUUUUCCCCAUCCACCAUGUUGUUGUGGAAGUUGAACAGAUGCAUGCUCUCAUCUCAGGAUGUCAACACAAACACACCUUGUUGUAGUGAACUGUACCACAAGAUGUUCUCCCCUUUUACUUGGAUAAAAAAAAAGAAAAAAAGGUGUAGUGUUUAGUAAUUACAUUUGAAUAAGGGCUCUUCUGAUAUAGCAUGAGUGAGGAUGUUGCUGUCACAUUGAAACACCUGGAAGCUGGUUCUGCCAAAUAUCCAAAACACUGUCGGGCAGCCUACAGAACACGUUAAACUGACGGCCAAAAGCUUUUCUCCGACUGUCUCUGGAGGCGUAUCUGCGGCCGCCAGCAAAGCCUCUGUGUCAUGCUGCAGAUCUGCUCACCAUCAGAAAAGCAGAUUCUGUUGAGUGUUUUUUCUAACUCACAACACAAAGUUUUGGAUCUCCUGCAGAGCUAAAAACAGAGGAAACAGCUCCAGCUGCUUUUGAACAGUAUAUUUUCAACCGUCACUGACAAUUACUGGAUAGAAUGUAUGCUUGUUUGAAAAAGAAAAAAAAGCUUCGUUGUGACAGCCAGUGUCAAUCUAUAUUUUUCUAUUCUUCUCUCUGUAUGACUCAAGAGACAAUAUGGAUGUGUGAGGCGAUGUACUGUACAGUUGUGCUGCCUUAUAAGAAUA